AUGGUCAAGGUCGAAAUCGUCGAUGAGAAGGAUGCGGGAAAUUCCCCGUAUGCCUCCACUGCCUCAUCACGCACUUCUUCAUCAAUAUCCUUGUCGUCCGUUGUUUCGGAAGACCCCCAAGAGUCCUUUUUCGACCGUGUGGCAGCGCUCGUCGACAUAGUACCGCCGACGACCAGACACAAUAUCGCUACGCGCGUCUCCAAAACGGCGUCGUUCAUCAAACGCGGUGGGAAGUUGGCGGGGAAUAUCGUGUGGAUUGUCACGACAUCGGCUUUGCUCGUAGCUCUGCCGUUGGCACUGACACUGGAGGAUGAAGCCAAAAUUGUAGCCCAGGAAAAAGAGCUGCUUGAGCAGCAGCAAGGCCAGCAGAUGCUUGCUCAGGCUGGAGCCUACCCGCCAGCCAGCCAGCCAAAAUCUCUUGUUCCCCCAGGAUUCUAA